AUGGAUAAAUCAAUUGCCAAGGGUUUAAGUGACAAGUUAUACGAAAAACGGAAGGCUGCUGCCUUGGAGCUGGAGAAACUGGUCAAACAAUGCGUCCUAGAAGGUGACUAUGAUCGUAUUGAUAAGAUAAUAGAUGAACUGUGCAGGGACUAUGCAUACGCAUUGCACCAGCCCAUGGCCAGAAAUGCAGGACUAAUGGGACUCGCUGCGACGGCAAUUGCACUGGGCAUAAAUGAUGUCGGCCGCUACUUAAGAAAUAUCCUUCCUCCAGUGCUAGCAUGUUUCGGUGACCAGAACGACCAAGUAAGGUUUUAUGCAUGCGAGAGUUUAUAUAACAUUGCGAAGAUCGCCAAGGGUGAAAUUUUGGUCUAUUUCAAUGAAAUAUUCGAUGUGCUUUGUAAAAUUAGUGCUGAUACAGAAAACUCGGUCCGAGGCGCAGCUGAACUAUUAGAUCGUUUGAUCAAAGAUAUUGUUGCAGAAAGGGCCUCGAAUUAUGUAAGUAUUGUGAAUAAUGGUUCUUAUGGUUCGCUUCCAGCCAUUAAAACGGACCCAAUUAGCGGCAACGUCUACCAAGAAGAAUAUGAGCAAGAUAAUCAACUGGCCUUCUCCUUACCAAAAUUCGUUCCCCUAUUAACUGAAAGAAUAUACGCUAUUAACCCUGAUACCCGUGUUUUUUUAGUUGACUGGCUGAAAGUCCUGCUCAAUACCCCUGGAUUAGAGCUUAUAUCGUAUCUGCCAUCCUUUCUUGGGGGCUUGUUCACUUUCCUGGGCGAUUCUCAUAAAGAUGUAAGAACAGUCACGCACACUCUCAUGGAUUCAUUGCUCCACGAAGUUGACCGCAUUUCGAAAUUACAAACCGAAAUUAAACUGAAGAGGUUGGAAAGACUAAAAAUUUUAGAAGACAAAUAUAAUAACAGUUCUACUCCAACUAAAAAAGCCGAUGGUGCACUUAUUGCUGAAAAAAAGAAAACAUUAAUGACUGCGUUGGGCGGACUCUCUAAACCUGUAAGUAUGGAAACCAAUGAUACAAACGUAUCAAGUGCCAAUGAGAUGAAUGAUGAGACACAUCAGAGUAACCAAGAACAGUUGUUAGAUAGCGAGGUAACUAGUCAAGAACCACUUCGCGAUGGUGAAGAAUAUAUACCUGGUCAAGAUAUCAAUCUGAAUUUCCCAGAGGUCAUUACCGUUUUGGUGAACAAUCUAGCAUCAUCGGAGGCAGAAAUUCAAUUGAUUGCGUUACACUGGAUACAGAUUAUUCUAUCCAUCUCUCCAAACGUGUUUAUCCCAUUUCUUUCAAAGAUUCUCUCUGUUCUUCUGAAGUUAUUGAGCGACUCAGAUCCACACAUCACUGACAUUGCCCAACUUGUCAACAGUCAAUUGCUGUCAUUAUGUAGCUCAUAUGAAAACAAGGAAAUUGAUGGUAAAAUUGCAUAUGGCCCGAUUGUUAAUAGUUUGACGCUACAAUUCUUCGACAGCAGGAUUGAUGCCAAGAUCGCGUGCUUGGACUGGCUCAUCUUAAUCUAUCACAAGGCUCCAAAUCAAAUAUUGAAACAUAACGACAGCAUGUUCCUAACUCUAUUGAAAUCUUUAUCCAAUAGAGACUCGGUUUUAAUUGAGAAAGCUUUGAGCCUUUUGCAGAGUUUAUGUUCGGAUUCAAAUGAUAAUUAUUUACGCCAGUUUUUGCAAGAUUUACUAACGUUAUUCAAGAGAGAUACAAAGUUGGUGAAAACUAGGGCAAAUUUCAUCAUGAGACAAAUAUCUUCCCGUUUAUCACCAGAACGUGUUUAUAAAGUAAUAUCUUCGAUAUUGGACAAUUAUAGUGAUUCAACUUUUGUGAAGAUGAUGAUUCAAAUUUUAAGUACAAACCUAAUAACUUCACCUGAAAUGUCCUCUUUGAGGAAUAAACUUAGAACAUGUGAAGAUGGUAUGUUUUUCAAUAGCUUAUUCAAAUCUUGGUGUCCCAACCCCGUGUCAGUGAUAUCUCUAUGCUUUGUUGCGGAAAGUUAUGAGCUAGCUUACUCUGUACUACAAACAUACGCAAAUUACGAAUUAAAGCUAAAUGAUUUGGUGCAAUUAGAUAUCCUGAUACAAUUAUUUGAAUCUCCUGUCUUCACAAGAAUGCGCUUACAACUUUUAGAACAACAAAAGUACCCAUAUUUGCAUAAAUGCCUAUUUGGUAUCCUAAUGAUCAUACCACAAUCGAAGGCUUUUGAGACGUUGAAUCGAAGAUUGAAUAGUUUGAACAUAUGGACAUCUCAAUCUUAUGUGAUGAACAACUACACAAGACAAGGAGAAAAUGGUAAUUUCUGUGAUACUAAUUCCGACAUCUCGCAAAGAUCCGUAAGCCAAAGUAGGCUACAUUUUCAGGAAUUGAUAAACCAUUUCAAGACCAUUUCUGAAGAAAAUGAAUACCCUUCAGAUAUGCUAAGACUUGAUCGUGGCGCUAAUAAUAAAUCGCUUUUACUAGGAAGUUUUCUUGACGGUACUGAUGAAGAUAAACAAGAAAUUGUUACUCCAAUGUCUCCAAUGAAUGAAGCUAUUAACGAACAAAUGGAAUCUCCCAAUGACAGUAGUUCAGUUAUACUAAAGGAUUCUGGUAUUUUGCCAUUCAAUCCGAAUAUGCCUGAUAAAUUAAAAAAAUAA